AUGGUUGAUAUCAAGACUCUCACAGCAGCGUGCCACUGUCAAAGCACUCACUUCACCAUAACAAUUCCCGCAGACGCCCUCCCCCUCAAAGUCCACAUAUGCCAUUGCAGCAUCUGUCGCUACACCCAUGGAACACCAUGUAUUUUCCAUGCCCCGCUACCUGCAGGUGUAGCGCCGAGUUUUAUUGCUCCAUCCAGCAUAGACAAAUUGACACCCUACAACCACGCCGAGUCCCAAGGAACGCGGCAUUUCUGCAGUACCUGUGGCUGCCAUAUUGGGGAUAGAUCACACGAUGACGGGAGCUGGGUGAUAUCUACGGCUAUCUUCACCGAGCCAAACCAUGGUAUAUGGGAGAUGCGCUCACAUGCUUUUACAAACUCCUCGCUUGAUGGAGGGGUUUCGGCGAUGUUCUCGCAUAUUGAUGGCCACCAGCUUGAUGUCUUUAACACGGAGACGUCACUGGAUGUUGGCAAGGCAGGAGAUAGUAUCCGGAUGGAUACAGUCAAAAACGAGGAAUUGUGCGCUGAAUGUCACUGCGGUGGCGUUUCGUUCUCUAUCGCCCGCCCUAGAAAGGAAUUCCUCGCUAGUGCUGCAAGCAAGGGAUGGGUUUUGUCAAGAGACACGAGCAAGUGGCUUGCGCUUUUUGAUCUCUGUGAUGACUGUCGCCUGGUUGAUGGAUCAAAUGUUAUAGCUUGGUUGUUUGUUCCGGUUGAUCAUUUAUCCCCCUCUCCCCCGGGAGAUCUGAUUAUCGGGACGUCGAAAAGUUACAAGUCUAGUGAAGAGGUACUACGGACAUUCUGUGGGACAUGUGGCGCGACAGUUUUUUACAGCUGUACCGACCGGCCGGGAAUAGUUGAUGUGGCGGUUGGUAUUUUGCGUGCGCCGGAGGGGGUUAUGAUCGAGAACUGGGCAUUAUGGAGGGGAAGAAUUAGUUCUGGGGAUGAUGGAUUGAAGUAUGACCCGGGCUUUAGUAGAGCGUUGAUUGAGGGACUGAAGGAAUGGGUGAGUAGGAAGGGUAUGCCAGAGGAUUUUGUUCUCCCGCGAGUAUAG